AUGGCGGCGAUUGAGCCGAGUACCAAAGCCUGUUACGUCAACCCCUCCCGAAUCUCAAUUUCGGAAGGUCUCAAGCCAAAAGCUCAGCUCUACACAGGAUCAAGUUCACCGAAGAACUCGAUCCGUGGCCAUGUUUCAACGUUCUCAUUUUCGUCGCCCUGUAUCCUAGCUGUUCGUGCAAUCGUGCUCGGGGCCAUUUUUUACGGUUUCAAGCUCCUUGAUAUUGGUGGCUGUGUUCUACGGAUCGCAAAAGAGCGUAAGGCUCCAACUUAUACCGCUGAGGUACUGGUCAAUGAUAAGCAAAUGUGA